GGACGAUGACUGCAGUGUACGCGAAUGGAGGCGGCCUGGUGACCCCCCACUAUGCCAGGUGGGACCGGCGGGAGAGCGUGGAGAGCGGCGGUCAGACGGAGUGCAGCAAGGAGGACGGCGAGGGGCAGCCCCGCCAGCUGACGCCCUUCGAGAAGCUGACGCAGGACAUGUCCCAAGACGAGAAGGUGGUGAGAGAGAUCACGCUGGGGAAACGGAUUGGCUUCUACCGAAUCCGAGGAGAAAUUGGAAGUGGGAACUUCUCCCAGGUCAAGCUGGGGAUUCACUCCCUGACCAAAGAAAAGGUGGCCAUUAAGAUCCUGGACAAGACCAAGUUAGACCAGAAAACCCAAAGGCUACUAUCCCGCGAAAUUUCCAGCAUGGAAAAAUUGCACCAUCCCAACAUCAUCCGUCUGUACGAAGUCGUGGAGACCCUGUCCAAGCUCCACUUGGUGAUGGAGUAUGCAGGGGGCGGGGAGCUCUUCGGGAAAAUUAGCACCGAAGGGAAGCUCUCAGAACCAGAAAGCAAGCUCAUCUUCUCCCAGAUUGUGUCUGCCGUGAAGCACAUGCACGAGAACCAAAUUAUUCACAGAGACCUGAAGGCAGAAAACGUAUUUUAUACCAGUAAUACUUGCGUGAAGGUGGGUGAUUUUGGAUUCAGCACAGUAAGCAAAAAAGGCGAAAUGCUCAACACUUUCUGUGGGUCGCCUCCCUACGCUGCGCCAGAGCUUUUCCGAGACGAGCAUUACGUCGGCGUUUACGUGGACAUCUGGGCCUUGGGGGUGCUUCUGUACUUCAUGGUGACUGGCACCAUGCCCUUUCGGGCGGAGACCGUGGCCAAGCUGAAGAGGAGCAUCCUGGAGGGCACGUUCAGCGUGCCUCCGCACGUGUCAGGGCCCUGCCUCCGCCUCAUCCGGGGCGUCCUCCAGCCGGUACCCACCGACCGGCACGGCAUCGACUCCAUCAUGAGCAACGAGUGGAUGCAAGGGGUGCCGUACCCCACCCCUUUGGAGCCUUUCCAGCUGGAUCCCAAACAUUUGUCCGAAACCAGCACCCUCAAAGACGAAGAAAAUGAGGUCAAGAGCACUUUGGAACACUUGGGUAUCACAGAAGCGCACAUCCGGAACAACCAGGCCAGAGAUGCCCGGAGCUCCAUCACAGGAGUCUAUCGGAUCAUUUUACAUCGAGUCCAAAGGAGAAAGGCUUUGGAAAGUGUCCCGAUAAUGAUACUCCCGGACCCUAAGGAAAGGGACCUAAAGAAAGGGUCCCGGGUCUACAGAGGCCUAAGACAGACGUCUAAAUUCUGUUCAAUUUUAUAAAUUGCAUUAAACUGCUGGUAAUUCACCAAGA